GGUGAUAAAAAUGGCCUCAUUAGCAGCUUAUAAGUUGUAAGCAGCUUACAAUUUAUAAGCCUCUUUAAUAAGAGUCAAAACAUCUUGAUUUAAAACUUUCAAAUCCUGGAUAACUGGAUAACUGAACCUACACCAAAACGUUGAAGUUUAUGAUUCCAGCUUUCCAAAGACUGAACUUGGUUGUUACUUUUUGCUUGUGACGCUGUUGUGUUAUGAGUUUUGUUUUUUUGUUUUGUUUGUUUCUGGGGAAACUCAGAGGUCUUGACCUUGCCUGGCCUUUGUUUUCAAUUUUCUUGGAAGUGAUGGAAUUUCUAAAAAGUUUCCCCUCAGCCAGCAACUUCAAUAAUAGAUGAAGCAGCGACAUCAUCCUGACACCCUAUAUGUCCCUCUCUCAGAUUCAGCCAUUCGCCCGGUGGAGCGCCAGCCAGGAGGUGGAAACGCAGAUGAAUAAUUUAAAGUGUAGUUUGACUGAAUUUCUCCCCGCUGGUGCUCCAGCUGCUUUCAGUCCUUCUUGGUGUGAACAGCAGCGAAGACCAGAAAGGGGAAACGCUACCAGCGCUUCUGAUUCCAGGCUUCCAGCGAUGGCACCACUCAAAGUCUUUAGGAUGACUCUAUAUGUCUGCUUCCUCCUCUGCUGCCUUGCACUUCCUUUACAAGGUUUGGAGAUAUUUGACCCGGAGGAGGUGGAAUACAUUCGCUCCAACGCCACUGCAACUGCAGGUGGCUCGGUCACCUUGGACUGCGGCUCCGUUAUGCCCGCCAUCUACAUCUGGGGGUUCACCAAACCGGGAACCGACAACAACGUGGCGGUGGCACACAACUACGGGCAGGGCCCCAAGGUCCAGCUGCAGGCCGGCAGCCUGGGCAGCAUCAAGCUGCGGGAUGACGCCCCCGCUUUGGUGGUAGAGGACCUGCAGAAGGACGCAGCCGGGAUGUACACCUGCCAGGCUCUGUACGACACCGACGAAGGAGCCAGGAUCACCUUUUACUUCACCCGGCUGGAGGUGGAGGACAAAUAACGAGUUUCCUCAACAUCGACAGUUUUAAAGCAAAACUUGGUCACAUUGUAAAGCUUAAAGAGCCGACAGGUGAUUAAAGGCGAUGAAGACCCCUUAACUCAAAAAUCAAAGACUACUUGAGCUGUUUGUGGAAGUGGAAAACUAGUUAAAAAAACAA